AUGGCUCCUCAACAUCACAAGGUUACCAUUAUUGGUUCUGGUCCUGCCGGUCAUACUGCUGCUAUUUACUUGGCACGCGCCAACCUUGCUCCAACAAUGUUCGAAGGAAUGAUGGCAAAUGGAUUCGCACCUGGAGGGCAACUGACCACCACAACCGACGUAGAAAAUUUUCCUGGAUUCCCAAAUGGUGUGAUGGGUGGAGAGUUGAUGGACAAGAUGCGUGAGCAGUCUGUUCGGUGUGGUACUGUGAUUGAAACCGAGACUAUCACAAAACUCGACUGUUCUUCGCGUCCUUUCAAGAUUUGGCGUGAGGGAACCGAGACUAACUCGGCCUCAGAACCCUCGGAUACCAGCGACGCAGUUGUGAUUGCAACUGGAGCGUCUGCUAAACGUAUGAACUUGCCCGGCGAGGACAAGUACUGGCAAAGCGGAAUUUCGGCAUGUGCUGUAUGUGACGGAGCAGUUCCAAUUUUUAGAAACAAGCCUUUGGUGGUAAUUGGAGGAGGAGACUCGGCAGCAGAAGAGGCAAUCUAUCUUACAAAAUAUGGCUCCCAGGUUCAUGUUCUUGUACGUCGUGACAAGCUGCGUGCUUCCAAAGUUAUGGCCGCUCGCUUAUUGAAGCACCCCAAGGUCAUAGUUCACUUUAACACUUCUCCCACAGGUGCACUUGGAGACGGAAGUCUCUUGACUGCCGUGACUACCAAAAACACCUUGACCGGAGAAGAGGGCCAGAUUGAGGCCAAUGGUCUGUUUUAUGCAAUUGGACACGUACCUGCCACAGAGCUCAUUAAAGGGCAGGUGGAUCUUGAUAACGAUGGUUACAUUAAGGUCAUACCUGGCUCAUCAGAAACCAAUAUUCCUGGUCUGUUUGCCGCAGGAGAUGUGCAGGAUAAACGAUACCGCCAGGCAGUCACAAGUGCCGGAUCAGGAUGUAUGGCUGCUCUAGAUGCAGAGAGAUUCUUGAGUGAACUUGAGGAGAGUCAGAGUGAAACCAACACUGGCAGUCAAAGUCAAUUGGACUUGGACAUGAAAUUCAAACCAAAAUCAAACUUGUAA